CUUUUGCGUCGACUUCGCUGCUACAACAAUCUCAUCAUGUUGAAAAUGUUUACAUUCAAUAUUUUUACUUCAUUCAAUAUUUUUCGUGUGUGAAAUUUUUAGUAUGAAUUUCGCUUUCUGCUGAACAGGUUGUGUUGAAUGUGAGAGUUCGGAACACGUUACAAAAAAAAUAAAAGAAACAAAAACAAAAAAAGUGUAUUUUUUUUUGUUCUACAACACUACUCCUCUUGAAGUGAAGUGCAAAAAAUACAUAAUAAGAAAAGAACAAGAAUUUCCGACUAGAAAAUUAUAGAAAUUUUUAUAGUAAAGAAAACAACAACUACAAAAAAAAAACAUAAUAAAUCAACAAUUACUGUUUUUUUAUACAGUUUUCUAAUAAAAAUACAAGUUCUUAAAGAAAAAAAUCACAAGUGUUUUUAACUUUAACUAAAACAACAACAAAAAUUGUUUUCAUUUAAAGAAAAUUACAAAAACAAUUUUACUUUUUUUAUAAUCUAAAAUAAAAACAAACUUUUAUAAAUUACUAAAAUUUUCAUAACAUAAACAAAUUGUGCAAAAAUUUUAAACAAAUUCUAAAGAAAAAGAAGAAGAAAUAAUUCAAAAACAAACAAAAUAAUUGAACAAGUUUAAUUUUGUCUUCUCUAGCAAAAAGCAAGAAGCAGAAUUAUUAAUAAUACAAAAAAAAAAAAAACAACGUCUACAAAAACAAUUAUACAAACAACAGAAUAGAAUACAACAGCAAACACAAAUACACUCAAAAUAACUGUAAAUUUAUGACAGAGACUGAGCAAAAGCAAUAAUAAUCAUACCAACAACAACAACAACAACACCAGCAACAAACACAUUAAAUAACAGCAAAAUAUCAAGACUAUUAUAACUGAAACUCCAACAAAAAUAUAAAUUUUUUACAAAAAAAGAAAAAAAAAAAAAAAAACGAAAAUUAAACUAUUGAAAUAUAAAAAUUAACGGAUUAAACAAAAAAAAAACGAAAAACCAACAAUAAUAACAUUUAAAAAAAUAAGAAAUUUUAUUAAAAGUUUUUGUUAAAAAAACUAAAUUUCGAACAUUUAUCAACUGAAAACUAAAAUUUUUUUACUUUGAAGUAAAAACCAUUUAACAAAUGUGCGAAAACAUAAUUUUUGCAAAUACGAAUUAAAAAAAACUGUUAAAAAUUCAUCUAAAUAAACAAAAAAAAAAAAAAAAAAAAUUAAAAAUCUUUUUAAAUACAACAGCAACAAAAUAGAAAACUAUAGCUCAAUGUAUAAAGCUAAUAGAGUGAAACUAAAAUUUUCUACAAUUUAUAACAAAAGCAAAUGAAAUUUUCUUAAUUUUCUAUAAAAAAACCAAAACGAAAAUGUAAAAUGAAACAUUUUUUUCCUUAAAACAACAAUAAAAACUUGAAAUUUCAAUAACUUAAAGUUGAAAUUAAAAAAAAUACAAAAAAGCUUAACAAUUUCCAAACAACAAAAAGAAAAUGUUUUAAAUUUAAAGGAUUGAAAAAUAAAUUCCUAAAUAAAAAGCUCUUAAAAAAAAUUUUAUUAAAAAUUUCCCAAAAAACGGCUGGAAAUUUGAAUAUAUUUUAAAGCCAAGAAAAACCAAACUAUUAAAUGCUACUUAUGGCGCCACGUCGCAAUCAUAAUACUACAACAAUUGUCAAUCAAACACAGACUAACCAACAACUUCAACAACAGCAGCAACAAUUGCAAAGCAAUACUUUAGCAACAUUUGUUACUAAUUCCUCCAAUAACAAUCAUCAGUUUUUCACCAUAACGGAUUCAGAAACAAAUAGUUCGAAUAAUAGCAACAGCUUCACUAUGUCGCCCAUGCAAACGACUAUCAAUAGCAAUAGUAACAACAACAAUAACAAUAACACUUUAACUCCGAAUCAUAAUAAAACAUCCGGAGGAGAUCAAUUUGUGCGUUGUUGUUAUCCCAAUGGUGAUUGUUUCAAAACGGACUUGAUUAAUUUGGACGAUUUAACGGAAUGCAUUAAGGUUAUAUGUAACAAUGAGAACUGUAAUGUGGGUCAAUAUAUGCAUCGAGAAUGUUUCGAGUCUUGGGAACAAACCAUACUUCAAACUCUCAAGACAAUGGGGGGACGGGCACGCUCUUGGUCGGAUCGUCAAAAGGCUCAGAAUUUAUGGACUAAGAAGGGCUAUGAUUUGGUAUAUAAAGUGUGCGGUUGUAAAUGCAGCCGAGGACAUUUACGCAAAGAUUUAGAAUGGGUAGCCCCCAAAGCGGGACAAUUUGUAAAUGGUCAAAGAAUCAUGAAUGGCAGUAACAAUGCCACCACCAACAAUCAGGAAGAUGAGGAUAAAAAGAAAAAGAAAAACAAACGCAAUCGUCAGCAACAGCAGCAGCAGCAACAACAACAACAGCAGCAGCAGAAUACUAAAGCUCAUACUCCUUUGCAGGCAACAAAUGGUCAUGCAAAUGGUCAAAAUGUUCAGCAAAUGAAUGGCUCUAGCAAUUCCACACCAGAACCUUUGCAAAUUAGCAAAACUCUUGAAACUACCAACAACAACAGCAACUCUAACAAUCAUAAUAAUGUGGGUGUUAUAGGCUCGGGUCUACACCAAAAUGGUUCUUCUCAGCAAAUAUCACAAAAUCUUAAUCAAAAUGCUACAGUAGCAGAAUUACCACCCAAUGUGGUUACUUCUCUCAAUAACCUAUUAAAUGGUCAAAAUAAUAUUUUGGGUUUGGAUUUACGCCCACGCACUAAUAGCAUUUCUUCGGGUUCCAAUCAUAGUGGCUCUACUUCUCCCUCAGCCAUUUCUUUCUCCUCUGGUGAUCUAUCUACUGCUCAAACUCCUUUAAAUAACACUUUACAAAGUCUCAAUCUAAAUGGUUUCUAUCAUGCUAAUCAAAAUGGUUUAACUGGAAUACAGCAACAGCAGCAACAACAAUUGCCUGCUCUACAAUUGCACGCAAAUCUUUUGCAACAAUCUUCUGUUAAUGCAGUUUCUUUGACUAAAAACAUUUUAAAUGGUCUACAAUCGUCUGGUUUGUUGUGCAAUACUAGCAACAACAACAACAACAAUACUACUACUGCUACUACUACUACAGCAACAACUAAUGGCAAUAAUCUCAAUAGUAAUGCAAUAAUUACAAAUGCUUCAGCAGCUUUAUUAAUUAAGCAACAACAACAGCAACAGCAGCAACAACAACAACAGCAAUGUGUUAAUCUUUUAUCAAACGGUAAUGGUGUUGUUGCCUUAAAACAACAUCCAUUAACUGCAUUCGAACAGCAACAAUUAUUGUUACAGCAAAAAGUUAAAGAAGUUGAAAUCUAUUCAGAGAGAGUACGUUCUACAUCUGGCUGCAAUGGCAUCUUUUCACGUCGUUUGGAUUUUUCAUCAUUCAAUCUUUUGCCCAAGACACGUUUGAAUUCCUAUCAAGUUAAGGUAAGUUUAAAAGCUUUAAAGCUUUGUUAUUUAAACCUUAGAUAUCUGUAUAAUUUGAAGCAAUUUCUGAAAACUCCACAUCAUAUUUUCACUCCGUUUAAGAUUUUUAGAAUUUUCGCUUUAGGAAUUUGGAAAAUUUCAGAUUUAACUAUGACAAAUAAGAUGUCAUUCCGAUGUCAUUGGUCAUAGACCCACAUAAGUAUAUGCUGGGUUCUUAGUAAAUUCUAAGACUAUCUAGCCAUGUCCUUCCGUCCGUCCGUCUGUCUGUCUGUUGAAAGCGCAAUAGAGUCCGAACGGAAAGAGCUAGAGACUUGAAAUUUUCCAUAAAUAG